CUCUGGGUAUGUGCUGAAAUUCACCUAAAAUUCUACAGUAUCUUCCUCAAAGGAUAAAGACCCCUUUUUAUCCGGUGUUAUAACUGUAUAACCAUCAACAACAAGGGGUGGCAUUGAUCCCCUAUUAGUAGGCAUGCGCAAUAUAUUUAUGUCCUUGGAAAAAUUAAUACCCAAGAGGGAAGUAUUCCAAUCAAAACAAACCAGUCGUGUAAAAGAUGCAGUAGUAACACAAUUUUAAUUAUAAAUAUAUAUAUCAUUUUUUAUUUUUUAAACAAAGUUAUAAUUAGUUUACUUAGAGAUAUAAAUAAUAGUAAUAAUAAUAAGUUAAUAAGGUUAAAUAAUCCGACGAUGACUCCUGGUUUGGGUCAUGAUCCUUUGUCCAGUUACAAUAUAACGGCUCUCGGUAAUACACCUUUAUGUCUUUGGCAACAACCACAACACAUCCUCUUUCAAUUGGCUAAUUUUUGCUUUGUGUUAUCCUACUCGGCACCGUCCUCCAAAAAGGGAAUACUUUUUAUGCAUUCUGUUCUUAUUAUUGGGUUUAUCCUGUUAUCUGGAUGGGCAUGGCACGUAAUCUGUGCGCCAGAUAUAUUUUCCUGGAAUUUCGCCUUUUUGGUAUUAAAUAUUGGACAGUUGGUUUACAUUGUUUAUCAAAUGAGACCAGUACACUUUGAUCCAGAGCUCGAGGAAGUUUAUCACACGCUUUUUUAUCCAUUUAAGGUCUCUCGAAUGCAAUUCAAAAGACUAGUUUCCCCAGAAUUUGCAACAAUAAUGUCACUUCACGCAGGUGAAGCUUACGCAAUGCAAAAUUUAACGAGAACAGACAGACUAGCGCUGUUGUUGAGUGGGAAAGUUAAUGUCUUAAGUGACUCAAAUUACUUGCAUCCGAUUCUUCCGUGUGAAUUUUUAGAUUCACCAGAGUUUGAAAGCUCCCGUGCCUCUGUUGACGAUAAAUUUAAGGUUUCUAUUGUUGCUGCGAGCUCGUGCAGAUAUUUGUACUGGCAAAGAUCAGCUUUAGAAUAUUUAUUAGUAAAAGAAGCAUAUUUAGCGACCGUUUUAACUACCUUGGUAGCGAGGGAUAUUGCUACCAAGCUCUACGCUAUGAAUAAUAAGAUAGUUACAGAUAAAGGCUCCCAUUUAGAUAUAAGACUGCCGACGAUAAGUGCCGGGUUAAAUAUAUCAGGAGAAUACCGGAGUCCACGUGCAUCUCGGCAAGCUCUUAUACGUCGUAAGGAAGGCAAAGCGACUGCCAAUAAUGUGGGUGGUGCUAAGCCAAAGGAAAGGCCGGCUAAUAACCUGACGAAACUUGGCGCGCCUAACAUGGAACCGCUACCAGAGAUGCCGUCUUGUGAUGAUUUAGCUUCCAGCGGGGUUGAGAGCUGGCUCGAAUCCUCCAGCAAGUAUCACAGCUGCGAGAUUGUCGAUGAAGAGUAGCUUCUUAUAAUUAUAAUUAUUGUUGUUAAUUAUAUGUAUAUCGUUUAACAUAAUCGUUCAAUUAUUUUAUUAUUUAUUUAUUCACUCAUUUAUUCCGAGACAUCAUUCAUCCAGAAAGUAUUUAAAGAGUGAUCACCACUAUUAACGGUCUCGAUCAUUUACUUUUUUAACUUUUUAUACUUUAGUUUAUUAAUCUUUAUUUAUUAUUAUCAAUUAUCAAUCAUUU